UUGAGACAGCGGUCUCCCGCUGCCUCUUUCAUCUUCACAGAGGAGGCGGUGGCGGGAAAAACCGGUCUCCUUCGAAGGGAAGUGGAUGACGCUCGAAUGUCAGUGGAGCGAGUCAGUGUCUAGGCGUCCAGCUUUCUUCCCCACCGAGAAGUUGAGGGGCCGCACGCACCACGGGCAGAGGAUGCCAAUGGAUAUUAUAAAGGGGAACCUAGAUGGAAUUUCAAAACCAGCCUCAAGUUCAAGAUCACGUCCUGGAAGCCGAAGUUCAAACGGUUCUCUGGAGGUGCUCACGCCAGAACCAGGGCCUGUCAAGAUUGACAUGGUAAACAAGUUGAAUUCUGGCCAAGAGGGCCACACAUCAAGUGUGGAAGAAAGAAGGAAUAGUAAUGACGCUAAGUGGGCGGACGACUCCAAGACAGAACCAGCCAAGGAGAGCUCAGAUGAAGACCCGGGCAUGCCUCAACCUCAGGCAGCCCCUGAGCAUUCAGAUGAUCCCAAGUUAGAAGAGACGAAUGCUGUACUUCAAAAUGCUAUUCGUAAGAUGCACAGACUCGACAAGCUAUUGGCCAAAAAACAAUGUAGAGAAAAGGAAGUUAAAAAGCAAGGUCUAGAAAUGAGAGCUAAGCUGUGGGAAGAGCUCAAGUCUGCAAAAAACACUGAAGACUUAGAAAAUGACGAGGAGUUGGGAAACACAAAAAAGUUUUUGUGCUUGACUUCAGAAUCUGCAGGGAAAGCAGCUGCAGAGGCAUUGCAGUGUGAGUUUGAAGACGCCCUUUUCUCAGUGUUUCAUACUCAGAUUCCUCCAGAAACUUACGAAAAUCUCAUGGAGAAAGAUUUUACCUGUGAUGUGGAGAAAAAUGAACCAUUGAUCAUAACAAAAAAGCAACCGUUUUCAAAUACAGAAGCGAUUGAGCCUAGGAGGGAAGACAGCCAGGGUUUCAUUGGGCAGAACCCUGAACACAGCCAGGAUUUUAUUAAGCGAAACAUUGAGCUGGCCAAGCAUUCAAGAAGCCCAGUGGUCAUGGUUGAAGGAGAGAAGAAAAGACUGGAUGAGCUCCUGCAAGGCCUGGAUGAUGCAGAUUCAGGACUUUCCAGUGCCGAGGGCGAUCAGUGGGGUUGGCUGGUUCCAGGAGAAGGCUAUACCCUUGCAGCCACUGAGUCUCAGCAGCUUGCUGAGAUUGACAUAAAGCUUCAGGAACUCUCUGUUGACUCUCCCACCGUCUUCAGCCUUGAAAGUCAGAGCCAUAAGGGUGAUAUGGAACGUGAUGCCAAUGAAGAAAGAAAUACGGAACCAAGUCCAGGAGAGAAGAUACUCCGGGACCACAAAGAGCAAAGGGACCGGGAGUCUCGGCUGAGAGCUAUCGAUGGCAAGCUGAAAGAGCUCAGUGAACAGCUAAACUCCCCGUCACGUCUUUCUGAGGAACAGCUGAAGUGUCUUCUGGAUGAGUGUGUCUCCAAACAGAAAUGCAUUGCUCUUGGUCUUUCUUCUGAAAGAGAAAACAAAGAUACUGAUACAGCACUUGGGUCCCAACAGCUUUGCCCAUCCACCCUCUGUGACUUAGCAGAAGAGGCCGGAGCCAAGGUCCAGAAAACCCAGCUAGAUGAUGCAAACAGACUUGAGAGUGAGGGAUGUGCAUAUCCUGCAGACUCCUAUCUUACCAAAGCCUUGACUGGACACUACAAACCUGAGGCUCUGCUCCUCGAAGUAGAGACCAUGAAACACCUCCAGUUCUCCAAGGAGGAGGCUUUUAAUGAUGCAGCAGACUAUUUUAUGUCAAAGACCAUUGGCAUUGGGAGACUGAAAAAGCCCCCUUUCUUGGAUGAUCCCCUGGAUGACAUCAACGUGAACUCCUCUUCAGAUGACCAAGAGUUGAAAACCAGCCUUGCAGAGAAAUCAAUAGUAGAUGAUCAGGAGACUGGGGAUGCUGUGAAGGAACCAGGAGAACUUGAAGCAUGACUUUCUAGGGUUUAAGGUUAAGAAAGUUGAAAAUUAAUUUGCAUUAUAUUUUUUUCUGAGUUCUUUGUAUUCAGUGAAUGCAACAUAGAAAUGAUUCCUCAAAUGAUUUCAAUAUUUGAAUUCCCUUCUUUGCUGAUUGUAUUUCUUUAAUGUUUUU